AAUUGCACGGAUGGUCUGAUCUGCACAGUCGCCUCCCAGUUUCAGGUGAGAGGCGGAUCACUGCGCAGCGGUAUAAAGAGUCAGAGCCGUGUCCUCCACACAGGCAGCGUCUCUCUGCAUUUAUCCAAACACCUGAGGCAUUUAACGGUAAACGACGUUUUCUAACUCACAACAGACUGCAGGUGAGGGCAGCAGGGACUAAGGGAAAUCUCCAGGAUGGGGUCCGCGGUGAAACCAGCGGCUCUGCUCCUCACACUGUGGUGCUGCUGCAGUGCUCAACACAUCAAGUGGGUAUCUCCACAUAUAGGAAGCAACAAUGGAGCAACACGACUCACUAUCUCAGGAAGCGGUUUUGCCCAGGAGCGACAGUUCCAGCUGAAUCCAAAGGAUGACACAUUUGGCAACCGUGUGACCCUGGUGUCAACUACCCUGUCGAUCCCCUGUGAUGUGGAGAGAGACUCCACACACGGCAACCAGAUCCUCUGCUACACCAGACCCAUGCCGAACGAUCACUAUAUGGUCCAUGUUAGUGUGGACGGUGUUCCCAUUCCUGAGGAAAACAGGUGCUUUGGCCCGUACAAAGUGCACCACUGCGGCUUCUAUACCGUCUGGUAUCGGACCCCCACCAUCUCCUCUCUGAGUCCAGUCAGUGGUCCACCAGGCACGUUGGUGACAGUGCGAGGACGAAUCUACACAGAUGUGUAUGGAAGCAACACGGAUGUGAGCUCGAACGGCCUCGAUGUCAGAUUUCUGAGAUCCUACAUGGGAGGGAUGCCCUGCGAGCUGCUUAAACCAAACUCAGAUGACCUAUAUAAUCUACAACUGGAUUCAGAAACGUCUCGCUGGGGAUACAUGAGCUGCAAAAUGACAGGAACAUAUGUCGGACAUCACAACUUGAGUUACAUCCUGGACAGUGACUAUGGAAGGAGUUUACCAGACAAGAAUCUGUACAGAGUUUCAGCUCUGGGAAAACUUUCCAUGUUCCAGACUUUUGCAGAGGUGACAGGAGUUUCUCCAUCUGAGGGCAGUGUCAUGGGUGGCACCCUGCUGACCGUCCACGGCCGCUUCUUUGACCAAACCGAUCGCCCGGCACGUGUUCUCGUUGGAGGCCUGCCAUGUGAAAUCCAGAGUGUGUCUGAUGAUAGCAUCACCUGCAGGACCGCAGAGCACCACAUGGACAACAGCACGAGCAUCUACCCAGGUGGCAGAGGCUUGAAGAUGGAGGUGUGGAACGACACAAAACCCCGUUACCUGACCAACAUCUGGGACUACCACGAGAACAUGACGGGAUACUGGACGCAGUGGGUCGACACCAUGCCCCACGUCUUCGCUCAAGAAAUCGAAUACUUCAGCAUGCGAUCCAGAGGCUUCUUCGUCCCUCCAGCCACCACCAACUACACCUUCUACCUCAACUGUGACGACCGAUGUGAGCUCUACCUCAGCAAGUCCAGCCGCCCUGAAGACAAGGUUAAAGUUGCGUAUCAGCCAUAUUAUGUCCGUGACUACACCAAACUGGAUUCACAGAAGUCAGAAGUGAUGGCUCUAGAAGAAGGAAAACCUUACUACGUGGAAAUACUACAUCAAGAAUAUGGAGGUGCAGCACAUUUCAACCUUGCCUUGUUCCAGGGGGAGAGUAGUUUUACAGAGGACCAGACAGACGAUGCUGUGAAUGAGGUUCAGAACAUCGUGGCUGAAUAUGACGUGUUCGAUGAGGAGCAGGUGGUUACCUUUGAUUCGUGGCCCACCAGUGCCGCCGCAGUCAAAGAGGUCCAAAAGGUGAGCGUCAGCAGCAGCUGUGCCAGCCAUCUCUGCGGGAGCACCUUCUUCAGCCUGGGCUACGGAGCCGCAAACACUGGACCUCUCCCGGUCAGCGCCUCAGCAGAGAUGGUGGAAGCAGCCUUGAACCACCUCUGGUCCAUCAAACCCGACACAGUUCAGGUCACCAAACAGGAUGACAGCCAAGGAUCCCACUACACGGUCACAUUCGAUUCUGACAGAGGUGAUUUCAAACCUCUUCACUAUGAGGUUUUUGGCUCCGACACAAACAUCACAGUGGUGGAGAUGACGAAGGGGAGAAGCAACAUGGAGACUUUCACUCUGCUCUGGGGGGGAAUCCCUACAAAGCCCAUCGCCUACAACACACCUGACACUGAGGUGCAGUCGGCUCUGGAGGACAUGAUGAAAGCCGAUUGUCCCGGUGAGAUCCAGACCACUGAAGGCACCGACGUGAAAUACUUCAGAGAUUUUGAAGACGACAACUCCGAGUUUGACAGUGCAGAGGAAGGCACUCCUGUCAAAUACUCUGGUUUCUGUGGCCUGUGGUCACUGAAGAACGCUGAGGUUCUUUUCAAGGAGAGCUACAACAAAGAGUCUGGUGGCACAUAUGGACCAGUUUCAUUGGACGAACACUCCACGCUUUGCUUUGCGUACAAGGGAAUGUUGAAGGAUGAAGUUGGAAUGAAAUUCACUUACCGAGACACUCAAGGCCAAACCCAGACACAGACCGCAAAGAUCAUCACUCUCUUCACAAAGGGACACAAGUGGAGUUACAAAUGCAUCGACCUGCAGAGCUCUCUGCAGGCAGAAUACAUUGGAAGCAGAUACAAACUGCUGGAGUUUUACCUCUACAAAGACGCCUCUGGUGCUGAUUUCUAUGUGGAUGCUGUUCACAUUGGAAAGACGCCCACCACAAGUGAUGAAAAUGCUGUGCCCCACAAGAGGAGGCCCCCACCCUUUGAGAGCUCUGGUCACUCCUUCGAGAUGAUCUCUGUCAGCAAAGACACAUCAGCUGCCUCACAGAUCAGCUACAAGAUCAAAGCCACGCCAGUAGACUGCGCAUUUGGUUUCCCACUGCUGGAGGUCGACUUCCUGCAGAUGUCGAACAGCAGUGAGGACAUGGCUGAGUUCAGUGAAGGAGCAGCCACCGUCUCCAUCACUCGCCCUCACAGAGCCACGCCUCCUCUGACUGGCACCUUUGACGUGGAGAUUUACGGAGGCCGAGCUGAAGGUCUGUCGGUGGACAUCAGUGAGGAGGACCUGAAGUAUGCUCUGGAGGGAAUCGCAGGGAUGGGACAGGUCAGCGUUGCACAGCAGGGAACCUGCAGACGCCCCAAGUGGAGAGUUGAGUGGCUCACAAAGCCUGGAGACCAGCCUCUGAUCCAGAUCGACAGCUCGUCAGUCGUUGGUACGAAUGCAGUUGUUUCAGCUCAGGAGAAGAAAAAGGGAGGACUGCUGUUACGAGGCAUGACGGGGGAUUUCCUCCGUGUCUGGGAAACCAAGCCGCAGGUGGAGGUUUACAUCAAUGGCAUCCCCUCCAAGUGUUCUGGCGACUGUAGCUUUGAAUGGUCAGAGGAAAAGACUCCAGUUGUGACUGGAAUCAGCCCAUCUGAAGGAUCUAAUGGCCUGGGGACUCUUCUGACUGUUACUGGCACCGGCUUCAGCAACGAAAACGCCUCCAUCGUGGUGGGAGGGGCCUGGUGCCAUGUUGAACAGACCACAGCAACCACUCAGGUGUGCAGGCUAGGCAGUGCCAGUGCUGGUACCUACCCUGUGUCAGUCAGCUUCCCCUCUCUGGGUAACACACGCUACGCAGACGGCAACAUCCCCCACUUCACCUACCAGCUCAUUGUGUCCUCUCUCUCCCCGCUGUCUGGGAGUGUGGCAGGAGGCACACUGCUGACAGUGAGCGGCUUCGGCUUCAGCCAGAACGCCACAGUUAAAGUUGGCAGUGACGAGUGCACAGUGGUUCACGCCACUGACACUGAGCUGAAAUGCAGAACACCAGCAGGAACUGUAGGAUCCCAUGCAGUGACAGUGAUGGUGGGAAACAUGAGUCAAAACGCCGGCAGCUCCUUCACCUACGACAGUGACCUCACACCCCAGAUCUCAGGCCUGAGUCCUCACACUACCACAGUGAUCGGACACCGUGUUUUCACCAUCCAGGGUUCAAACCUCGGAGCACAAGACAAUGACAGCGGUGUGUUCAUAGGCAGAGAGGAAUGCGUGACUGUGCAGUGGACGGCGACAAACAUCACAUGUGUUCUCCCUGUGCUGCCGCCAGGCCUGUACGAGGUGCAUGUACAGGUUGGAAACAAUGGCUACCCUGAGACAAGCAACGGUGUGAAUACCACCAUUGAGUACAUCCUGGAAGUCUACAGCAUCUCCCCACUGUUUGGCUCUUUAAUGGGAGGAACCAGGCUGACGGUUUCUGGCUCUGGUUUCAGCAGCAACACCUCUGACAACACAGUCUCUGUUGGUGAAGCCGUGUGUGAAGUGAAGGCCGCCUCAGAGAAUGAACUGCAGUGUGUUAUGCAGUCAGAGGAGAAGACCCACGUCGUCACCAACCAGGGAUCUCACCACACGUAUGGACAGGGAUAUGCAUGGAGUCCUGCCUCACUCACAGUGUUUGUUGGAGACACAGUAAUGUGGCGUUGGGAGGCACCGGCCUUCCAGAAAGUCGGAUACCGGGUCUUCAGUGUCUCCAGCCCAAGUGGCACCACUUACGAAGGGGGACCAUUCACCAGCGGAGAAACCAAAACUGACAAAGGGUUUUUCGGCUACCGUUUCACCGCUCCCGGUGUCUAUUACUACAGCAGCGGCUACAUAGAUGAUGCCGGAGUCAAGCUGCUGCAGGGAGUCGUGAAAGUCGAGCCUCGGGAGGAGAAAGGCAGUGAGGUGUCUGUCAGAGUGGGAGGAAUAGAAGCCAGACACGUGACAGGAGGUCCACGUCGUGUUGCCAGAGCAGCUCCGCAGUGUGUUGCCACCCCACAGUGCCAACAGACCAAUGAGACUUCAGACGGUCUUUCCUUCAGCACCUCCACCUGCUCCACCCCGACAGUCAACUCCAUCUCUCCCAACCAGGGGUCAUACCACCAAGUCAUCCUCAUCCAGGGCAAAGGCUUCAGCGACACCUCCUGCGCUAAUGAGGUGACGGUCGGAGAACAGCCCUGUCAGGUGAUCAACAGCUCUCACUCUGAGAUCUACUGCCAGCUCAAUCCAGGCAGCGAACUUCCCAUCGGCGUCGCUCACCCCGUAGCUGUCAGAGUCAACAACCUGGGCAGCGCCAUCAUCGCUGUGCCAAACGAGUUCGGCCGCCGUUUUGUCGUUCUGCCCGUGGUCGAUUCGGUCUCGCCUCCCAUCGGCAGCCCCACCGGCCACACCAGGCUCUUCAUCUGCGGCUCUGGCUUCUCUGAGGGACAAGUGACUGCAGCCGGCGAGCCCUGCGCCCUGGUGUCGGUCAAUUACACCCACAUCGUCUGCGACACCUCUCCCUCUCAGCCGCACACCGGCGAGGUCGUCUUCCACAUGAGCAGGAUCCAAAGCUCCUGUCACUCAAACUGCUCCUUCAUGUACUCUUCCUCCGCCACUCCCACGGUCACCAGCAUCUCUCCCGACAGCAUCAGCGAUCUCACCACUGUAACCAUCUCUGGCUCAGGGUUCGGCAGCCGUGCGGAUGAUGUGGUGGUUUUCGCCAGCAGCAUCGAGCUGGAAGUCACCGCUGUGACUGAUGACAGCGUUUCGGUAAGAGUCGACGCUCUGCCUGCGGGCGACCACCCAGUCAAAGUGAUCGUGAGAAGCAAAGGCCUCGCAUCCGGUCCCGUCACACUGAGCAGCCAAGCCCAAGCCAACCUGAGCCCCAGCGAGGGCAGCCUGGCGGGAGGAACCCCCCUCGUCUUCACAGGAAACGGCUUCGCUCCAGGGAACACCAGCGUGAUGAUCGAUGGCAAAAACUGCAAGAUUCAGGAGGUGACGCCAGGUCUCCUUCGCUGCCUGACGCCUCCUCACAACGAGGGGCUGGUCACCGUCAGCAUCUGGGUCUUCUCUGUGGAGUAUCCUCCUCUAAACUUCACCUACUCUGCAGCUCACACUCCUGUCAUCAGCUCCAUCAGCCCCACCACCGGGCCGAGCGGUUCAGUCAUCACACUGACCGGUUCUGGAUUUGGCAACGACUCUCAGCUCAUCUCCGUCACCAUAAACCACGUGCCCUGCAACGUGUCCACAGUGUCCGACACACAGGUUCAGUGCACUGCAGGAGACAACCCAGGGGGGGCCUACCCAGUCAUGCUGCACCACCAGGUCACAGGUCACGCCCAGUCGAAUGUCAUGUUCACGUACGAGCUGACUCUCAGCAGCGUGCUUCCCAACGAGGGCAGUUUUGGGGGUGGAGCUCUGCUGGCCGUCCAGGGUUCUGGGUUUGACCCGCACAACUCUACCGUGACGAUCUGCGGGAAGGAGUGUGAGGUUCACAGAGAAAUGUCAACAUCAUCCCGUCUGUACUGCCAGUCCCCACUCAACAACAGCACUGAGUCGGAGCUGAGCUGCGUGGUUGCUGUCAUUAACCAGCUGGAUGCCGUCAACAUAUCAAAUGGCUUCACCUACAAAUCUCAGCUGACUCCAGUGAUCACUGAGGUUUCUCCUCGCAGAGGAGGCACCGCUGGAGGCACCCGGCUCACAAUCACCGGCUCUGGUUUCAGCACAAACAUGAAUGAAGUCAACGUGACCAUCGCGGGGUCUGUGUGUGACGUCCAGUCCACCAACAACACACACAUCAUCUGUGUGACCAACGCUCAGAGACAGUCACAGGAAACCAAAGUCAGAGUCAGCAUCGGAGACCGAGGCAUCGCCAAGAUGGACAACGCUGAUUUCUUCUACAUUGAUGUGUGGUCGUCCAGAUUCACAUGGGGUGGUCUGUCUCCACCUGAGAAGGGCACAUUCGCCGUCAUUACUAAAGGCCAGACCAUCCUGUUGGACACCAGCACUCCUGUGCUGAAAAUGCUCCUCAUUCAAGGAGGGACAUUGGUGUUUGAUGAAGCCGACAUUGAGCUGCAGGCAGAAAACAUCCUGAUCACAGACGGCGGACGGCUCCAGAUCGGCCAGGAGGGGGCGCCGUUCCAGCACAAAGCCAUCAUCACACUUCACGGAAACCUGCGCUCACCUGAACUUCCCGUUUACGGAACCAAGACACUGGCUGUCAGAGAGGGAGUGCUUGACCUCCAUGGUAUUCCUGUUCCUGUCCCCUGGACCCACUUGGCCCAGACGGCGACUGCAGGCUCCGUCGCCCUGACUCUGAUGAAGGCAGUGACCUGGAAAGUCGGAGACGAGAUUGUCAUCGCCUCAACUGGACACAGACACAGUCAGAGAGAGAACGAGGUGAGGAGGAUUGCUGCCGUGUCAGCUGAUGGAAAGACUCUCACCCUGACUGAACCACUCAAUUACACUCACCUCGGGGUGAGCGUCACGCUGCCGGACGGUACGGUGUUUGAGGGCCGGGCUGAGGUGGGUCUCCUCACCAGGAACAUUGUGGUGCGGGGAUCCCAACACCAAGAGUGGAAUGACAAGAUCGAAGCGUGCCCCGAUGGCUUCAACACAGGUGAAUUUGCCACCCAGACCUGUUUCCAAGGAAGGUUUGGAGAGGAGGUCGGCAGCGAUCAGUUCGGAGGCUGCAUCAUGUUCCACGCACCCAGGCCAAAUGAGAAUCUUGCGAUCGGCAGACUGGAAUACGUCGAGGUCUUCCACGCAGGACAGGCCUUUAGGCUGGGCCGUUAUCCCAUCCACUGGCAUCUGAUGGGAGACAUCAACUACAAGUCAUACGUGAGGGGUUGUGCGAUCCAUCAGACCUUCAACAGGGCCGUAACCAUCCACAACACCCACCGGCUGCUGGUGGAGCGCAACGUCAUCUAUGACAUCAUGGGUGGGGCCUUCUUCAUCGAGGAUGGUAUUGAGACAGAGAACAUCCUGCAGUACAACCUGGCUGUGUUUGUCAAACAAAGCACCAGCCUGCUGAACGACGACGUCACCCCUGCCGCCUACUGGGUCACCAACCCCAACAACAUCAUCCGCCACAACGCCGCUGCAGGGGGCACACAUUUCGGUUUCUGGUACCGUAUGCACGAGCAUCCUGAUGGCCCGUCCUACGACCCAAACAUCUGUCAGAAGAGGGUUCCUCUUGGUGAGUUUUACAACAACACCGUGCACUCUCAGGGCUGGUUCGGCCUCUGGAUCUUUGCAGACUUUUUCCCGAUGAAGGACGGCGGCUGCAGGUCCAAAACUCCAGAACCCGCUGUCUUCCACUCCCUCACCACCUGGAACUGCGAGAAGGGUGCUGAGUGGGUCAACGUGGGCGCCGUGCAGUUCAACAGCUUUGUCAUGGUCAACAAUGAGAAGGCCGGCAUCGAAGCCAAGCGCAUCUUUCAGUGGGCUGUUAGCAGCUUUGGAGAGGACGGAGGGGCGACCGUGUCCAACAGCACGAUUGUGGGCCACGUGGACGAGCUCGCACUAGGAAGCGACUACUGCACACGCGUGGGUGUCAUCACGCCCUUUGACGAUGGCAUGAGCGUCCUUAACACCAAGUUCCUCAACUUUGACCGAGGCUCCUGCGCAGCCAUCGGGGUGACCACAAUCGAUGGGACGUGUGGGGAUCGGUGUGGUGGCUGGGCCGUCAGGUUCAGCGGCAUCCAGUACUUCAACUCACCCAACAAGGCCAAGUUCAGGUGGGAGCAUGAGGUGCAGCUGGUGGACUCUGAUGGCUCCCUCACAGGAAACGUUGACUACAAAGUGGUGCCUAUGAGCUCCUUGCUGGACCCUGCUCACUGUUCCCAGAGUGCCGAGUGGAGCGUGGGUUUCCCCGGUGCCGUGUGCGACAGCACUGUCAGCUUCCACCGUCUGUCGUUCAACAACCCCACGCCAGACUCUCUGAACGGCAAGGAUGUCAUCUUAACAAACUCACAUGGCACCAGUGUGGUCCCCUAUCUGAAGAAGAGAAUGACUCAUAAGCUUGGCUGGAUGGCCUUGCUGCCCUCUCAGCAAACAUACAACUGGUACUUUAACGACAUGGACCACAUCACCAACAUCACCUAUGCUUCAAAAUUCUACGGCUUCAAGCCAGAUCAAUACCUGAUCAUCAACCACAACUUCACCCAGAGUCCCGACAGGUUCCGUAUAGUCGAUAAUAGAAACGGUUCAUCAACGCCGCUGAGCUUCAGCAGUAACAACAAUGGAGACUGGUACUUCGAUGACAGCUCCAACAACCUCUAUUACCUCGUGUCUGGGAAGACAAGCAAGCGCAGGCGUCGUGACAGCGUGGACCGCUCCAUGGCCGAUGUGGAGGUGAACUUCGCCGUCUACCGCUGCUUCUACCUCAACUGCAUCCCACCAACCCCACCUCCUCCAGCCACACUCGCUCCCUUACCCACCCGCCGGCCUGACAACUUCAUUCGGUGGUCUAAUGCCUCUUUCUGGAAAACUUCAGCUGAAAACAACUUCACUGUACCAACAGAGGGCUCAGAUGUGGUCAUCCCAUCAGGGAAGUGGGUGGUGUUGGACAGUGACACCGUUCCCCUCAACAAGCUGACGGUCAUCGGAGUUCUCGAGAUCCCCGACACCAAUAACAGCUCGUCCAACAGCAGAACAGCUCGGUCUGCACCGGAGUACAACACUGUGGUGUUAGAUGCUGUCUACAUCUCCAUACAGGGUGGGAGGCUGAUUGCGGGAUGGGAUGAUGAGCCCUUCAGAGGUCAGCUGCACAUCAAGCUGAGAGGGAACCACCGCACUCCUGACUGGCCUCUGCCAAACGGGCCCAACCAGGGAUCCAAAGUUCUGGGUGUGUUUGGGACACUGGAACUGUACGGACAACCUCACAAUGUUUACCACACCAAACUCGCUGCUACUGCUGUCGCUGGAUCUGACAAGCUGACCCUGGCGCAGUCCGUCGACUGGCAGGUUGGAGACGAGGUCCUCAUCUCCACCACCAGCUACAGCGCAUGGGAGACAGAAAAACGUCAGAUCACUGCUGUGUCAGCAGACGGCCGUGUCCUGACCCUGAACCAGCCUUUGACCCACACUCACAUUGGUGAGACCUACCCCGUCUCAGGAACAUCCAUCUCCUACACUCUGGCUGCCGACGUCGGCCUUCUGACCAGAAACAUCAAGAUCAUUGGUCAGGAGUACUCAGAAAUGAUGCAGGAGUCAUUUGGAGCCAGACUGUUGGUUGGCACCUACUCGUGGGCUGGAAUCGACUACAAAGGCAAAGCUCAGAUCAGGAAUGUGGAGUUCUUCCGCUCUGGUCAGGAAGGCUGGACCGACUACACCGACCCUCGCUACUCUGUGGCCUUCCUCAACCUGGGAGAGGUUACAGAAGAAGACUCGUACAUUCAGGGUUGCGCCUUCCACAACGGCUUCUCUCCAGCCAUCGGAGUGUUUGGGACAGAGGGGCUGCAUGUUGACGACAACAUCGUCCACCACACAGUCGGAGAAGGUAUCAGAAUCUGGGGCGACAAGAUAACAGUGAGGAGGAACCUGGUGACAAUGUCGCUGUGGCCUGGGUCGUACCAGGACAGAGAGGAGCCCUUCAACUAUGAGUGGUCUGCUGCUAUCGAGGUGAACGAGGGGACAAACGUUGUGCUGCAGCAUAACAUCGUGGCAGGUUAUGAGAGAGUGGCAUAUCGCAUCAAUGGUGAACCAUGCCCAGGUUAUUUGAAUGAAAAUAAGGAGUGGAUUCAUAACGAGGCUCACGGCGGUCUGUAUGGGAUUUAUAUGAACAAGGACGGUUUGCCUGGCUGCAGCUUCAUCCAGGGCUUCUUCAUCUGGAGGAGCUUUGACUAUGGCAUCUACUUCCAGACCAUCAUGAAUGUCAUGAUUUCCAACGUGACCCUGGUGGACAACGGGAUGGGCGUCAUGCCGCUUAUCUACGGUCCUCCUUCUGUCUCCCACGCAUUCGCCGAUAAAACAGUACACAUCCAGAAUGCCUUGAUUGUUGGCAGCAGCCCGAACUUCAACUGUUCAGACACUUUGCCAACCAGUGACUUUAAUAUCAUCAACACAGAAACUCAUCGAGCCCCACGGCCUCCCCAAGGUGGCAGAUCUGGAAUCUGCUGGCCGACCUUUGGGUCAAGUCACAACAAAGCUCCACUAAAGCCCCAUCAUGGGAACAACAACUACAACGCCAUCAAAGGACUGAUGACAGUCAAAAACACAAUGUUUGUCGGUUUCCAAAAUGUCUGCUCCAGUGAGACGAACUUCAUGUUCAUGACCAAUCCCAAAAACGAGGACCUGCAGCACCCCAUCCAGGCUUCAGGCAUACAGAUGUUUGACAGCACAGAGAACGCUCAAGUCUUCGUUCACAGGCCUGAUGUCAGUAAAGCGAACCCUUCUGACUGUGUGGACAUGGACUGCGAUGCCAAGAAGAAGAGCAUGCUGAAGGACUUGGACGGGUCGUUCCUGGGUGCAGUGGGAACUGUGGUGCCUCAGUCGGAGUAUGAAUGGGGAGGUGAUCCGAGAAGAGGUCUGGGCGACUACCGCAUCCCCAAAGUCAUGCUCACUUUCCCCAACGGCAGCCGCAUCCCUGUGAACCAGAUCGCUCCACACAAAGGUGUGAUCAGGAAAGACUGCACAUACAUGAGUACCUGGCAGAGCUACAAGUGCUUUGGGCUGAACUACAGGAUGCUGGUGAUUGAGAGUCUUGAUGCUGACACAGAGACCAGACGUCUGUCCCCCGUCGCCGUGCUCGGAGACGGCUAUGUGGAUCUCAUCAACGGCCCUCAGGAUCAGGGCUGGUGUUCUGGCUACACCUGCCAGAAGAGAGUGUCUCUCUUCCACAGCAUCGUGGCCACUGGUCACUCCUUCGACGUCUUCUUCAGCAGCGUCAGCCCUCAGAAACUUCGCCUCAUGAUGCUUAACGCCAAUCCAUCUGAGAGCGUCCUGGUGUCAGUUUUCUAUUCCAAACCUCAGCGGUUAGAUGCGUAUGUCGACAACAAGCUAGUGGCUCCGACUAACGCUAAAUGGAACAAUGACAAAACUGACUACACCCUGCAGAAGCCAGUCUAUGCAGGUCAAUACGUCCCUCAGCUGAAUGCCUCUGAGGGCACCAACUUCUUCGACCAGGAUUACAAGAUGCUGAAGGUCAUAGUCAGAGGAUCCACACCAGUAGAGAUCCGAACUGCCCCAGUCCUCGUUCUCGCCUUCAACCUGCCCGCCAUGACUGAGGACGAGUUCUUUGGAGAGAACCUGAUCCAGAACCUCGCUACAUUCCUCAAAGUUCCUUCAAAUAUGAUCCGAAUCACCAAGAUCAUCCGGGAGGAUGGAGGCGCACGGCGCAGGAAGAGAUCAACAGGCCUGAAGGUGGAGAUAGAAAUUAGCAAACCCCCAGUCCAGCAAACCACCAACAGCACCAACGAUGAGGAGGACUUUACACUGCUGAAGAACAUCGCUGAUGAUCUUGGUCAGGCAGCAGUUUCCGGAAACCUCAGUCAGUCCAUCGGCUUCAAUGUUUCCUCAUUGGGCGUCAUCCCGCCUCCUCCUCCAUCAUCUGACCCCAGCUGGAAUGAGGUGGCCACAGAGGAGGUGACGAGGGAGGAGCCUAAAGUGAGUUAUGUGUCCAGUGUGAACACCCUGCUGCUGAUUGAGGAGCCAAUAGCCGGGGAGUUUGUGGGUCCUCUGUACCAGCAGCCCAGUCUGAUGGCUGUGGAUGAGGCGGGUAACUGUGUCUCUGUGGGAGUGACGACUCUGACCGUUACAGCCAGCCUGAAGAACGAAAGUGGAAACAGCGUGGACGGACUAGAAGGAAACACCACCAUCCUGUUCAGCACCUGCUGGGCCAACUUCACCGACCUGUCCAUUCUCAACAGUGGUGAGAACCUGACAAUGGUCUUCACUCUGAAGGAGUGGGGCACCCAGUCACGCUCCUUCUCCAUCAAAAACACUCCAUCCACACAGACCCCACCGACCAGCAGCAAUGUCACCGUGCCAGCAUCCACCCAGGCCAACACCACUGAGCCAGCAUCCACCACGACCACGACCGAACAGACCACGGACGGGAGCAUCUUCAGCUCCAGCACCACCGUGUCCGCAGGCAGUCUGUGUCUGGUCAGCGUCAUCUACGCCGUGGCCUGCUGCUCAGAGGACAUCCCCAUAUGUUAGAUGGUUCUGUGAAAGCUGCUGCAGCUAAGAUGUUUUAUGAAGGAUACCUCAACAUAUAUAUUAACUUUAACACAAACAUGUCUGCAAAGUAAAUCAAAUGUACUCAAAUGAACAUUUUAUGCACAUGACUCUUUUUCUUUUUGGUGAAAAUUUUAUAAAAAUGUAGAUAUAAUUUUAGAGAUAAGGGUUACAUGUUGGCUGAACCAGACAGAAAACCACUGAGUGAUAGCUCACAAGUCAUGCAGUAACCAUCAAUACAUUAAGUAAAAAUCUACUGAUAGGGAAAAACAAAAAGCAUCUGCUGUACUGUAUUUGCACAACGCUUCCUCCAUAACUGUUUCCUUUGGGCGCUUUCAUUUUACUGUGUGUACAUGUCUGUUUAAUGUGAUUCUACAUCAGGUUUAAAAUCCAUAUAGAUCCUUUUUUUUUUUUAACAGGUGCAAUAGUGUCUAAUUUGAAUUUCUAACAAGCUGAAGGAAAACAUGAAGUUUGUUUAUGGCUAUUUGAAACUGUAUUUUUCUCUUUUCAAUAAAUUCUAUUUUUCAUUGAUAAAUAA